AUGAAGUUUGAUUUUUGUCAUGACUUGUCGAAGCCGCUCGCGGCGAACGACACCGUCAUCCUUAUGAUCCACAAUAAGGGAGGUUUCACCGCCAAGAUAGAACCUGGGAAAACCAUCAAGAUCUGCAAGGACACCUUCCUACUUGACAUGCUGAUAGGAUGUUCCUACGGUGACAUUUUCACAAAGGAGGCUGGCAGCUGGAUCAAGAUCCGUCGCAACGACCCGCAAUACAUGCAAUAUCGCCACCGUGUCCGAGAGGAUUACAACGAGGACCAAUCGGAGUCCGUCACCAACAACCGUGACAUCAACGAUGACAACACUGCGCAAAAGCUAACCUAUGACCAGAUUCAGCAACUCAAAAAAGGUAGGCAGAUAGGGCCUUCUUUGUCAUCCCCGCCAGACAAAACAUCUCACGAAGUUAUCGAGACUAUUGUGGAUAACUCUGAGACCUUUGCGAAGAAGAACCGAAUGGCCCAAGAGAAGUACAUACAGCGCAAGGAGGCGCGGCACACCAAGUUGUUUUACAUCAGGCCCUGCGACCUUUACAAUGUAUGCGAUUGCUACUUCAACUCGUUUCCGCACAAAAUAGGAUUCCUCAACUUCGCAAAUCUGGGUAUGAUGUUAUACUUGGCUGACAUAAGGUACGGGCACAAGGUCAUGGUGCUGGACCACGCCCUCGGACUCAUCACUGGGGCAAUAUCGCAGAGACUGGCUGGUUCUGGGAAAAUAUAUCGUCUGGUUUCCAAGGGUGUCAGCGACAAGAUCGUGCAUGAGCUCGGUAUCAAGUACUUCGAUAACAUAUUUUCCAUCGAUGUGGAUCGGUAUAUCGACAGUGAUGGGCCAGUUGGGCAGGAUACAGCAGUGGGAGACGUACAUAAUUCCUCUGCGGACACCAAUAUGGAUGCCCCUGCCAAUACACCUAUGACGAACAAAACUGAAAGGACGAACUCUCCAAAUGUUCAGAAAGUCUCGGAUAACAGUGCCUCAACUCCGAAAAAUGAGGGUGGUGAGGCUGUUUCUUGCGAUGCUGAGGACGGAUCUCAACUGGAGGGCCUCGGAAAACGAACAUGCGCCGAGGAGGACAACUCAGAUGGCAAUACACAAGGUAUGUACAUCUCACACCACUGCCAACACGUUUCAGAUUUGAAAAAGAAAAAGGUGACACUUCCUGGGAUAUACCCACUACACAAUCCGUCACGAGACGAGAUCAGCGGAUGCCAAGUAGUCAUUGGCAACAUUGCAUUCAACAAGUGCGACAAGCUGAACAGGGUCGUAGCAGAGUACACCCGAAAGCUCAAGGCGGCCGCCGACAUGUACCUGGAGAUGGGAGGCCGGCUGGUUGUGUUCGGCCAGCAGUACCAGCCAAUGGCUGAGUUGCAGGCGAGCCUUACUCUCAGCGACGAAUACGUCAACGUAAAGUUCGACGAGAUGUUUAUAAGGCAGUACCAGGUUCGUAUCCAUUCGCAAGCUUUAACUUUUACCUCAGAUGCUGCCCCUGAGGACGCGGCCUCUAAUGACGCCGGACGUGCGCCCAUGCUGCGGGUUCAUCGUCUCCGCAAUCAAGAGCUCGAAGGACGUCCUCCGCUGAAUGGGCACGCAGCGAACAGGAAAUGCUAA